AUGGACAAAAGGAAGAGACCUUUUGAUGUGACUGCCUCUUCGUUGGUGGAUCUUAAAGCUGAGCUCUACAGAAAGCAGGAACAAUUCAAACAGCAGAGACUUGGACAGGAAAAUACUAGUACUGGACAUAAACCUAAGCCCAAAGUUAAGAAACCAAAUGUCUUUGUCAAGCAAAACACUGGCGUUUCGGCAAGAGCUGAGAAAGAUGCAGAGCAGUUGGCUGAGGAGCAGAAGAACCUGGAGACGUCGAGGAACAAGCUAGAGGAAAAAGCCAAACUCUACGAGCAGAUGACAAAGGGAAACUUCCCAGAUGAGGAAACGGAGGGAUUGUACCUGGUAGAUUUUGCUCAAAAAAUUAUUGACAAAAGAAAAGAUAUACGUGCACAAAAGGAUGCUGACAGUGAGGAGGAGGAAAUUGCCAGUUUAUCUCCUAUUCCUCCUCAGAACCCAGAUGAAGAAUGGGUGGACUUUGUGGAUGCUCUAGGACGGUCUCGAAGGUGCAUGAAGAAAGACUUGCCGGAUUUUGUGAAAAUGGACUUAGGCUUCAAAGGAAAUAGACAAGUCUCUGCUGACUUGCUGUCAGAGGACAUGCGCAGAGAGCUACAGAGACAAGAGUGGGAGCGAGAAGAAGAAGAAGCCAUGAAGAAACCCGUUGGACCAGUACAUUAUGAGAAUAUCAGAGCUCAAGAGGCUCGGGAGCUUGGUGUGGGCUACUUUGCUUUUUCUCAUGACGAAGAGGACCGCAGAAAGCAGAGAGAGACUUUAGACAUGCUCAGGGACCAGACGACCGACCAAAGGAGCAAGAGGGAGCGACUGAAAGAGAAGAAGAAGGCCAUCCUGCAGGCUCGGCUGGCUAAAAUAAAGCAGAGGAAGUUGAAGGCCAAGGGAGGUGUUGCAGAGGACGAGCAACUCGAAGAGUCCAACGAAGAGGACACGAUGGCGCCCUCGCCUCCACCUGAGGAUCCACCAGAGGUCAGUAGAGUGAAGAAGGUGGAAGUGGAGAUUCAGGAAAGAAGGGAUACCAAACCUGGAGUCCCUCAUGUCCGAGAGUGGGACAGAGGCAAAGAAUCCAUGUUUAGUGAGUGGAAAAGUCGGCGCCAAUCAGAGCGGGAUUCCGAGUUUGCGCCUCCCUCCACAUACUUUACUGACACAAGAAGCCAGAGAGCAUCAAAGAUGCCAGUACCUGAGAAGAAAAGUCCACAAAUGGCUUUCAAACAGACGCAAGUCCCAUUUGGGAGCACGGAGAUCCAGCAUGAUGAGCCAUCUCCUCCCCCUGCAGCUGCUCCUGCACCUCAACCGCCACCACAAAAUCCUCCAGCACAAACACAUCAACCACCGCCCUGUCGCCCGCCGGCCCCCCCCGCCAACCUCCGAUACCCCUUUCCUCCAUUUUUCCCUUCAUUUGCGCCUCCACGUUUUAUUAGCCCACCGUACCCAUUUCCACACUUCCCCCCACAUUACCAAAACCAAUAUCCCCCUCAGUGUCCACCUUCAAUGCCAGGUCAAUUCCAGCCACAGGUGCCCCCCCAAUCCACUGAGUCCAACCAGCCCCACUUACCACCAAAACCCGCAGAGCCAAGCCAACCUCAGGCACCCACAGAACCAGUGGAACCUGUUCAGGCUCAGCAGCUACCUCAAGAUCCCCCCCAAAGUCUGGACGACAUGCUGUCCUUCUACAGGCAUGCCACCUGA